AUGGCAAAAAACGACUCGAGCAAACGCAAAGAAGGAUUCAAAUUUCGAGUGCUUCCUGAGCAUGCCUAUCAAGGGAAGGCCAAAAAAAUCAAGCAAGAUCUGAUUUUAAAAGCAAAAGCCAAAAAGCAUUAUUACAAAACAGUCAAACCUGAGGAGUAUGGUAAAAAGAGGACAGAGGAAGAAGCGCCUAAGCCUACACCAAGGAAGAAUCAUUUGGAACAGCUAUACGAAGUAUCCGAAGAUAAAAGGCGAAGAAAAGAAGAAGCCAUAAAGAAGAAACAGGAGAAACAGCAAGAACAUGAUCGAAAAAUUCAUGAACGCAUAGAGACUCGCAAACAAUUGUCAAAACGGACGAAGCAUGGUCAGCCUGUUAUGAAAAAUCAAGUCAGUGUUUUGUUGGGUAAAGUCAAGAAGGAAAUGGCUUCUUGA